AUGGCCCUCAAAACCGAGGAACCCAGCGCCUCUCAGGCCACCGCGGGCUACCAGCACGGCAUCCUCAACCAGUUCUCCGUCCCAGAGCCCACGAUCGAUGAGGCCCCAGGCUUCAGAUCGCCACCAGUUACGUCAUCAACGCGAGGCGCUGAGGACAAGAUCACACAGCCCCCUCCUGUACAGGAUACAGCAGCUGCUACGGAUGGCGAGGAUGCUGAGAAUGGAGGGGCACAAGACAAUGACAUCCAAGAAGAAGAUGUCAAAGUACAACAAGACCAAGACGACGAAGCUUCAGCGCUGGUGGAGGAUGAGGAGGUCCCGUGGGGCCCUCAUGGACUGAACUGA